AUUACAUUGUUUGACAUUCAAUCCAUUUUUUACUUUACUAAAUUUUUGUUUAACAAUGGAUUAGAAUGAUAGCAACAUAUACCUUCCUAUAAUUUGUUUAAUAGGAUGGUUAAUAAUGAUGAUAGUAUCAUUUAUUAUUCGUAAAGAAGUAAAGUAACAGUAAAUAUACAAUCAGAUAAUAUUAUUAGUAAAUGAACAACUUAAUUCCAUAAGUUAAUACUUCUCAUAAUGAAGUAUUUAUGAAUGAAAGUAUCCCAAAAUAUUUGAUGAAAAUAUCUUCAACUUACUUUUAAAAGACUGAUAAACCAUUUGAAAUUCUAUCCACAUCACCUCGUAAAUCAAAUGAUGGUGAUAUAAAAUGUUUAAUUUGUUUUGAAAAUGAAAGUGGUUAUGUCCUUAUGAAUUGUGGACAUGGUAAUCAUUAUCAUUUAAUUAUAGGUGGUUUAUGUCUUAAAUGUGCAUCCAAUCUUCUCUUAAGAAAUAAAGAAUGUUAUUUAUGUAGACAACCUAUAAUGAAAAUAUUCUAAAUUUAAAAGAACAAUUUUAACUUUGUUGAAGUCAUCGGCAUCAUUGAAACAUAAUGA